AUGUUUAUGAUGUGUAGGCUUGGGCAGCACAAGCCCAUCUGCAAAGUGCUACGUGAUGGCAUCAUGCAUGUGGGAAAGACCGUGGCACAGAAGCUGACGGAUGAGCUUGUGAGCGAAUGGUUCAACCAGCCUUGGAGCAGUGAGGAGAACGACAAUCAUUCCAGACUCAGACUUUACGUGCAAGUCUGCCGCCAUCACCUAGCACCUUAUUUAACCACUCUGCAGCUGGACAGCAGCCUGUUGAUCUCACCUAAAUACCAGACCGCACCAGCAGCAACACAGGGACAAGCUCCGUCUGGGAAUGCUGGGCCUUUAGCUUCAAAUUCAGGAUCAGCGGCUCCUGCAGCUGGCAGUGCAUUCAAUCCCACCUCCAAUGGUAGUUCUGCAAAUCCCGCGACAAGUAGUUCCACAUCUGGCUCCUCCGUGCCACCGGUCUCGUCAUCUGCUCCUGCUCUGGGUAUUAACCAGAUGAGCACUACCUCUUCCUCAGGACUCAGCGGUAGUGUUGGAGGGCAGAACCCCAAUGUUGGGGGCAGUGCCACCGAUAGAAUACAAGGGAACCUGGGCUGUGGUGGAGACCCUGAGCUUGGGCAGAACUCCGCCCAGCCUGCACAGGAUGGACAAGAAAGUGUUACAGAGAGGGAGAGAAUAGGAAUUCCCACGGAGCCUGACUCUGCAGACAGCCAAGCCUACCCUCCAGCUGUUGUCAUUUACAUGGUGGACCCCUUCACCUACACUUUGGAGGAAGACUCCACAUCUGGAAACUUCUGGCCCUUGAGCUUGAUGCGCUGCUAUACAGAAAUGCUGGAUAAUUUACCCGAGCAUAUGAGAAAUUCUUUCAUUCUCCAGAUUGUGCCUUGCCAGUACAUGCUGCAGACAGUGAAGGAUGAGCAAGUUUUCUACAUUCAAUACUUGAAGUCCAUGGCAUUUUCAGUGUACUGCCAGUGCAGGUGACCUCUGCCUACACAGAUCCACAUUAAAUCACUCACAGAAUUUGGGCCUGCAGCCAGCAUUGAGAUGACCCUCAAGAACCCUGAACGGCCCAGCCCAGUUCAGCUUUACUCCCCUCCCUUUAUAUUGGCCCCAAUCAAAGACAAAUCAAAGCAGACAGAGCUGGGAGAGAACUUUGGUGAGGCCAGCCAGAAAUACAAUGUGCUCUUUGUGGGCUAUUGUCUGUCUCAUGACCAGCUCUGGCUCUUGGCUUCCUGCACUGACCUCCAUGGGGAGUUAUUAGAGACCUGCGUUGUGAAUAUUGCUUUACCAAACAGGUGAGAGGCCUUGAUGGAACCCUUCUCCAUGUCUUGCUUUGUUAAGUCACGGAAGAGUAAAGUGUCUGCACAGAAGAUUGGACUGCAGAAGCUCUGGGAAUGGUGCGUGGGCAUCGUGCAGAUGACAUCUCUGCCCUGGAGAGUUGUGAUUGGGCGACUGGGGCGUCUUGGCCAUGGGGAGCUUAAGGAUUGGAGUAUCCUCCUUGGAGAAUGUUCACUACAGACAAUCAGCAAACAGCUCAAGGAUGUGUGCCGGAUGUGUGGGAUCUCUGCUGCAGACUCUCCUUCUAUCCUUAGUGCCUGCCUGGUUGCCAUGGAGCCCCAGGGGUCCUUUGUAGUGAUGCCAGAUGCUGUCACAAUGGGCUCUGUUUUUGGUCGAAGUACUGCUCUGAACAUGCAGUCUUCCCAGCUGAACACCCCUCAGGAUGCUUCUUGUACACACAUCUUGGUGUUCCCAACCUCGUGAACCAUCCAGGUGGCCCCAGCAAACUACCCCAAUGAAGAUGGAUUCAGUCCUAACAAUGAUGAUAUGUUUGUUGACCUUCCAUUCCCAGAUGAUAUGGACAAUGACAUUGGCAUAUUAUUGACUGGGAACCUCCAUUCCUCUCCCAACUCCUCCCCAGUUCCCUCUCCAGGCUCUCCUUCUGGAAUUGGUGUGGGCUCUCACUUCCAGUACAGUCGGAGCCAGGGUGAGCGUCUUCUCUCUCAAGAGGCACCUGAGGAGCUCAAGCAGCAGCCCUUGGCCCUUGGGUAUUUUGUGUCAACUGUCAAAGCUGAGAAUCUCCCCCAGUGGUUUUGGUCAUCAUGUCCCCAGGCUCAGAACCAGUGCCCUCUCUUCCUAAAGGCUUCAUUACAUCACCACAUCUCUGUAGCACAGAUGGACGAACUUCUCCCUGCCAGGAAUUCUCAACGGGUUCCACACCCUCUGGACUCCAAGACCACAUCUGAUGUUUUAAGGUUUGUUUUGGAGCAGUACAACGCACUGUCCUGGCUCACGUGCAAUCCAGCCACCCAGGACCGCACUUCCUGCCUUCCCAUCCACUUUAUGGUGCUCACUUGGUUGUACAAUACCAUCAUGAAUAUACUUUAA